AUGGGAGUUCGUCAUGUGUUGGGAACUGGAAAGCAUUUUAGUUUCCCCUCUAUGAAUGGUAGAAGUAGGAAGACAACUUUCUCUUAUAUUAAAUAUCGCAUUUGGAAUAAAAUUAAUUCAUGGAGAGGUAGAGCUUUAUCAAAAGCAGGGAGGGAAGUUAUGAUCAAAUCGGUGCUCCAAGCCAUUCUGCCAUAUGUUAUGAGCCUAUUUAUCCUCCCAGAUGCAGUUUGUAAUAAUAUUGAGAAGUUGUUGAAUUCAUUUUGGUGGGGUGGGGGGAGCAAUAAUAAGGGUAUUCACUAG